AUGGGGUGUGGUCCAUCAAUCCCCGAGAAGUACAGCAUACGAGGGAAAGGGCGCAAGCGCCGGAGCAUCAUACAGGAGGUUGCUGUGUUCGUGCCCACCAUCCGCAUACCGGUGGCUUCUGACAUAGCUCAUCCACUCAGGGGAAUAGUUUCCAAGGAUCUCGUCGAUCGCCUCUCCACACUCCGUGCUCAUGUCGUUGCGCUGGCUGAAGAAAUCUAUUCUGCGGACGUAUCAGCUGUUCAAGAACUGCAACAUGCGUUAGAGGAGUACUUACCAGUUGUUCUUGGUUUAACAAUGAAAGAGAGCCGUCUUGAAUCAUCAGUACAGUUCAGAUGGAAGACCCUAGACGAUGACCAGGAGUGUUGUUUGGCGAGUGCAUGGUACGAGGUGCUCUCAGUGGUCCACAUGAUGGCCAUGCUUGCAUUGUUUGAGGCUAAUCUAUUACUCAUUCCAAAGAACAGUCAAGUUGGUGGUGAAAGGAAGGUAUCAGAAGAUGCAAAGAAGGAUGUUGUGGAUUCAUUGCUGAGGGCGUCGGGAUGCUUAGACUAUUCCGUGCAUCGCAUACUUGUUCAAAUACCUGCACAAGUCAAAAAGAGUUUUCCUAGUUACUUGCAGGAGGGUAUGCUUGAGGCCAUCUCAAUUCAGGCAUUGGCUCAGUGUGUAGAAGUACAGCUUGGCUUGGCUUCUGAAUGUGAAAAGGCAACAUUGUCAGUAAAGAGGAGGCUAGCCUGUGAGCAAGUUAGUUAUUUUUCUCAGGCUCACUAUUGUCUGUCGGGAUGCGAUACAAGUGACUCGUAUGGAAAGAAGCUUCUGCUGUUCCUGAAGUGGAAAUGCAUGGAGGCUAAGGCUGCAGCAUAUUACUACCAUGGUCUCGUACUCGACAAGGGCGGUGAACCGGCCAACCAUAUCAGCGCAGUCUGCUGCCUCUCUGCAGCUGAUGACCUACUUUCAGACAGCAAAAGGGCUUGCUUGAGUUUCUGCUUGGCAAAUCCUGUCACAAGGGUACCUCCUCCUUGGGGUGUCAUGAAAAACAUGCACAAAAAAAUUCCAGAUGUCGCUUACAAGAAGUUUCAAGUGCAUGGGCAUCUGUUUGAGCAAAACAAGAAUAGCACACUUCAAUCGGUUCCUGAUCUACCAGAGUUUGCGUUGUCACUGAGACCGGAAGGAUACGAGUUGCCAAACACUGAUUCAAUCUGGGAGAAUGUUAAUGGCCAACCUCAGAUUCAGAGCCUCAAGGAGCAUCUGAAAGAUGGCGAAGAUGAAGUAGAUUCAAAAUGA